AUGGAAGCAUUGGAGAACAGCAUAGCCCGCCUCAAAGCACGUAUCUACGAGCUGGAAAACCCUGGUGGCCCCAUGGGAGAGACAGUCGUUCUACGCCAGCCCUAUUCUGAAACCAUGGGCUUGCCAAGUGGAGAUCAUUCUGCGCUCGCAGGUCCUUCUCCCGGUGCGACGAACGCGGUCGCCUCGACAUCCCCUGCGCAACCUCCGAAAGAAAUAAUUUCGACCCUUUUGGAUAAAUUCUUUGAACAUGCAGCUAGCUUUGGUUUUUUUCUUUCCGCUGAUAAUUUUCGAGCUUCAACUCUUCUCCCUUAUCCGAUGGGAGAUCCCAGACGUCCUCUUAACUCGCUCCUGGCCACUGUGUAUUUAUUCGGUUGUCUUUUCUCAGACAAUCCAGCUUGGCAAGCCCGGUCUCCAGAAUAUCUUGCACAGGCUCUGCAAAGUACUGGUUUGCCUGGUCUCGCUGGCAAUCAUCCCCAGAAAGUUCUGCAUACCAUCCAAGCUGAAGUCCUGCUCGCCAAUUACUUCUUCUCAGCUGGUAGACUGCUCGAAGGCCGAUACCACGUUUCUACUGCCAUGUCACUUUGCGUUGGAAGUGGUUUGAACAAGAUUCGUUCGCCGGAUGUCAUGAUGACGAUUGACAACCAUAAUGAUCUAUUUCCAAAAGCUAAUGGACCCGUCGAAGUUGGGGAACGAAUUAUGGCUUGGUGGGUAACUCUCUCUUUGGAUCAAGGCUGGGCCGCGGCUUUCGAGGUCAACUCUUACAACGAUCUGAUCAUUGCUGAGACUGAAACUCCGUGGCCGUUGCGCGUUGAAAACUACCUGCGAGGCCAACUGACCCCGAACGCCCCUCGAUCAAAUCUUACCGUCCAAAGUUUUCUUGAUGGAGCAAAUAGAGAUAACUCACCUCAAUCUUCACCUUUGGAAUUGGCAGCUAAGGCUUCGUUGUUGUGGAAGCAAGCCCAUUUGCUCAAAGAAGCUUCAACAGGCAAGGAUUUACAUCGAACCACUUCAAGUGCACUCCUUGAAGCCACUCGGGAUCGAAUAGAGGAGUUGUUGGUCCUUUUGAAUACUUUGCACGAUAGGGACUCUUCAGGCUUCCCACUGUUGCUGGCCCGUGGUACAGCCCAUGCUGCAUUCAUAAGCCUCAUUUGUCUAAGAUCCAGCAACGCCGAGAAUUUGGAAAAGGUCGUGUAUAGCUCGCUUGCAAUUUUGGAGAUAAUUCGGAAGCUAGAGCCUCGUAACAAGUAUAUCAAUCCUCUGUUCACGAUGUUGUGGACUCUUGCGAACAGGUCUCUCAUUAGCAUACUGCAGAGAAUACCUAAUAUUCCGGACAACAAGAGGAACACCAUUGUCACAGCUAUGCAGAGCGGAUUAUUAGCCAUGGAUCAGUUUGAGUACGAAGUCCACAAAGUUCAUGAAAUGCUUGCAAAUAUUUGA